CACAUAAAUUCUUUAUAUGUUGCUUCUUUCUUGAAAUUAAUCUUUCUUUGAAGAAACCCAUUUGUCAAAUCAUAUAAAAAUUUAAUCUUUUUAAGUUUUCCUUUCUGGGUAUUUCUUGAAAUGCAAAAUCUGAUAAGGGUUUGUUAAAUUAUUGAAUAAAGAUACAUACAGAAAGUUGUAUCUAUAGGCGAUUGAUCAAUCUUUAUAAGUUUUCCUUUCUGGGUCUGUCUUGAAAUUUAAAUUCUGAUAAGGGUUUGUUAAAUUAUUGAAUAAAGAUACAUACAGAAAGCUGUAUCUAUAGGCGAUUGAUCAAUCUUUUUAAGUUUUCCUUUCUGGGUGUGUCUUGAAAUUUAAAUUCUGAUAAGGGUUUGUUAAAUCAUUGAAUAAAGAUACAUACAGAAAACUGUAUCUAUAGGUGAUUGAUCAAUCUUUUUAAGUUUUCCUUUCUGGGUGUGUCUUGAAAUUUAAAUUCUGGUAAGGGUUUGUUAAAUUAUUGAAUAAAGAUACAUACAUAGAAAGUUGUAUAUAUAUAUUGGUGGUGGUGGUGAAGAUGGUGAUCAUGGUGGCGCCACCGAAGAGUUCGUUAAAGGCAGUUUUCGAAAGGGUGGGAGUGUAUGGUUUUGGUGGUGGUGGUAGUAAUGGUGAGAAAAGAUUGAGGUAUGAGAUUCAUGAUGAGGAUGAUACUAUGGAAAUGGUGCAGAUUGGUGCUGAUAGAACCAAGAAUGUGCUUAUUUUGAUGAGUGAUACUGGCGGCGGUCAUCGCGCUUCCGCUGAGGCGAUCCGGGAUGCCUUCAAGAUGGAAUUUGGUGAUGAAUACAAGAUAUUUGUUAAGGACGUUUGGAAGGAAUACACGGGUUGGCCAUUAAACGAUAUGGAAAAUCAGUACAAGUUCAUGGUUAAACACGUCCAGCUUUGGAAUGUCGCGUUUCAUGGCACGUCUCCCCGAUGGAUACAUGGUGUUUAUCUUGCUGCAAUUGCUGCAUUCUAUGCCAAGGAGGUUGAGGCGGGUUUAAUGGAGUACAAACCCGACAUUAUCAUAAGCGUUCAUCCUCUUAUGCAACACAUUCCGUUAUGGGUUCUUAAGUGGCAAGGCUUACAAAAGAAAGUCAUUUUUGUGACCGUUAUUACAGAUCUUAAUACGUGCCACCGAACAUGGUUUCACCCGGGUGUCAAAAGAUGCUACUGUCCUUCAGAAGAGGUGUCAAAGAGGGCGUUAUUAGACCGCUUAGAACCAAACCAAGUACGCGUUUUUGGAUUGCCCGUUCGACCCUCGUUUGCGCGUGCUGUUCUCAACAAGGAUGACUUACGAGUAGAGCUAGAACUGGAUCCGAUACUACCUGCGGUAUUGUUGAUGGGAGGUGGUGAAGGAAUGGGCCCGGUGAAGAAAACCGCAAAGGCUCUUGCUGAAUCUUUAGUCGAUAAAGAAACGGGGAAGAUAUUAGGACAAAUGGUGAUAAUAUGUGGUCGAAACAAAUCUUUAGCUUCUUCGCUCGAGUCUUUAGAGUGGAAGAUCCCCGUUAAGGUUAGAGGAUUUGAGACACAGAUGCAGAAAUGGAUGGGUGCUUGUGACUGCAUUAUAACCAAGGCGGGGCCCGGUACGAUUGCAGAGGCGUUGAUUAGAGGGCUUCCGAUCAUCCUCAACGACUACAUUCCUGGACAAGAAAAAGGAAACGUCCCAUACGUAGUGGACAAUGGUGCGGGUGUCUUCACCCGUAGCCCAAAAGAGACGGCGCAGAUAGUGGCCGGAUGGUUCAGCACCAACACAGACGAGCUCAAGAAAAUGUCUGAAAAUGCGCUCAAGUUGGCUCAACCGGAGGCGGUGUUUGACAUUGUUAGGGACAUCCAUGACUUGGCGGGUCAACGUGGGCCCCUCACUGACAUGCCGUAUGCUUUAACAUCAUCGUUUUCGAACUUAAUGUAGCAAGAUGUACAUUCUUUGAGAUUGGAGAAAAGCUUUUUUGAGUGUGGCAAGUUGUAAGUUUUUGUGGUUAUGGAUUAAGUAGGGUGUUUUAGAACUUGAAGAAGUUGGUGUCACACCUUUUAGUUUUGUUUGUAGUUGUACAAAUGUCAAAAUGAAUCUUGUUUGAUCCUUGAUCACUGAUGGGCUUAUCUAGAUAACUGAUUUGGAAUUGAAAGCUUAAAAAGUUGUUCCUUUUCA